AGCUGUCAAUCACGCCUCUGUGAGAGUGUCAAGUUAGGUUGCAGCGUAGAACUGGGCCUGUAUAUGUGGCUGAGAGUCUCAAAUCGAACCGAAUUAGAGGAACAGGGAUAGUAGAGGCUUUAUUUUCUUGUUUAGAGCAUUUUAAUAGUUAUAACAACACAUUCACACGCACGUUUGGCCCAGCGGAACCGGCAGCAUGUCUGCAACAGGAGAUUUCGGCAACCCGCUCCGCAAAUUCAAGCUGGUGUUUCUGGGAGAACAGAGCGUGGGAAAGACAUCUUUAAUUACCAGAUUUAUGUAUGACAGUUUCGAUAAUACCUACCAGGCCACAAUAGGAAUCGAUUUCUUGUCGAAAACAAUGUAUCUUGAGGACAGAACAAUCAGGCUGCAGCUUUGGGACACAGCGGGACAGGAGCGUUUCCGUAGCCGCUUCCGCAGUCUGAUUCCCAGCUAUAUCCGGGACUCUACGGUUGCCGUGGUAGUCUAUGACAUCACAAAUGUCAACUCGUUCCAGCAGACCACCAAAUGGAUCGAUGAUGUCAGAACGGAAAGGGGAAGUGAUGUCAUAAUCAUGCUGGUGGGAAACAAAACAGACCUUGCAGAUAAAAGGCAAGUUUCUAUUGAGGAAGGGGAGAGGAAAGCCAAAGAACUGAAUGUAAUGUUUAUUGAGACUAGUGCUAAAGCUGGAUACAAUGUCAAACAGCUUUUCCGGCGUGUAGCAGCAGCUCUUCCUGGUAUGGAGAGCACACAAGACAAGAGCAGAGAGGACAUGAUCGACAUAAAAUUGGAAAAGCCGCCAGAGCAGCCGGUCAGCGAAGGCGGCUGUUCAUGCUGAGGAUUCAGUCGACAUUUCUGUGCCGCGUCUCUUAUUGUCACUCUUAGUCGCACUCACAGCAUCUCUCAGGAUAUUCCGCAGAAGCUCCGCCCACCUGGAGGGAGUAGAACACUACUUGCCCGUCACCCACGUCCCCCCUGACCCACUCCGAUGACUUUAAAUUCAAAAGCACAAUGUAGAUGUGUGUGCUGUUGCUUUUCUAUUGUUUCUGUUAAUCGUACACCUUUUUUUUUGGUGUUUUUGUUUUUCACUCUCAAAACAUUUUAUAAAGUGUUGUUUUUGUCCAUGUUCCAUUUUAUGUGAAAUAAUACUUAUAUUACUGUAAUAAUGAUGUGAAUAGGAACAAAACGAUAUAAAUAAAUGAAAUUACAGAACUGAUGUGAGAAGGAUAUCCAGAUUUGAAUACGCGAGGACUUGCAUUUGAUGAAAUGUUUGCGAGUGUUUUUGGAAAUAUUCAAGUCUAGAUUUCAUCGUAUGUGGCUACGAGACGUUACGUCUGUGACGUUGCUAAUGUCUCUUCUUC